GCGUGUUCUCCCUGCCCUGGCAUGGUUUGGGAGUUUGUAGCCGCAUGUGGUAGUUUUAGUAUAUAGUAUUUCUCCUUGUCUAAUUAGUUAUUUUCGUAUUAAAAUAUAUUAAACGACUUAAGACCACAACUCUAAACGUGAAUCAACUGUUGUUCUAGGAAGUUUUAAAAUGCAGCACGACGACGUAAUCUGGGACGUUAUUGGAAACAAACAGUUCUGCUCCUACAAAGUCAAAACGAAGAAUAAGAAUUUUUGCCGGAAUGAAUAUAACAUCACUGGGCUUUGUAACCGCUCAUCAUGUCCACUGGCAAACAGUCAGUACGCCACAGUAAGGGAGCAAAAGGGCCAGUGCUUUCUGUACAUGAAGGUGAUAGAAAGAGCAGCUUUUCCAGCACGGAUGUGGGAGAGGGUGAAGCUGAGCAAAAACUAUGAGAAGGCCCUGGAGCAGAUCGACGAGAACCUAAUCUAUUGGCCGCGCUUCAUCCGGCACAAGUGCAAGCAGCGCUUCACCAAGAUCACACAGUAUCUCAUCCGCAUCCGCAAGCUGACUCUGAAGCGACAGAGGAAACUGGUCCCUCUCAGCAGAAAGGUUGAAAGGAGGGAGAAGAGAAGAGAGGAAAAGGCGCUCAUUGCUGCCCAGCUAGAUAAUGCCAUAGAAAAGGAGCUACUGGAGAGGCUGAAACAAGGAAUGUAUGGCGACAUCUACAACUUCCCGGUGCACGCGUUUGACAAGGCGCUCGAGAAGCAGGAGGAGGAAGAAAGCGAGACGGACUCGUCAGAAGAUGAGGAGGAUGAUGCCGACGUUGGGAAGAAGGAGUUUAUUGCAGAAGAUGAGGUGGAGGAGAGUGACCUCAGUGAUUUCGAGGACAUGAAUAACCUGAAAUGUAGUGAUGAGGAGGAGUUAAGUGAGGAAGAUGAAUCUGAGGAUGAGGAAGAGCUGGAGAUGGAGGCGUCUUCCUCGUCCAAAGGAAAGACGCCGCUGAAGGGUCCAGCGAGAAGGAAACGGGCACAUGUGGAGAUCGAGUAUGAGCAGGAGACAGAGUGUCAAACCAAGGUCAAGGCUACAUAACCAUCAGCCGGCCAUCUGUGCGGAGAGCGGGCGCCGGAGCAGCGUGGGGCACUGACGGCGCACCAAGGACACGUCUGUGGAGUCCAGACUUUCCCCGAAGGGCUGUACUGAGGUCGCCACAGGACGUUUACAACUCAUGUGCAGCCUGAACUGUAGCGUUCGCUCUCUCGUCUGUACGCAGGCAGCUUUGGCACAUCUCUGCAGACAUGUACACGCAUCCUGGCCCGAAUUAUUUUUUAUUAUGAGUCACAAUUUGUGCUGAGUGAGUGAUCUCACUGUUGGGUCCUUGAGCAAGGUCCUUAUCCCCAAAUUGCUCCAGGUAAUGUCUCGCCCUGUUUUCACAGAUAGGACAUAGCUUUGUGUAACAGCUUCUUCUAAAAUUAAAUAUGUCUUGUGUCUGCUUUAAAGAAGAAUGUAAA